GGAGACUCGGAGGCCACCCGAGUGUUCGUUGGCGUCCGCUAUGUCAGUGUUGUGCCGCCAUCCUUGGGUGUUUGCUCGCCGGCUCGCUGUUCACUGGUGCGGGGGCCCUCGCCAGUGAGCUCGAGAAGCCAGAAGCGGUCUCCGUGGAAGCCUCGCUGUCUGAGGAAGAAGAAACUUUCACUGACCUCUCAACCACACCAGGUUGUCAAAGGUGGCACCACUAAGGUGUCAGACAUAGGAGCAAAACUGUUGCUACAAUAGAAUGAUGAUGGUAGAUGUGAAGAUUGAGUAUUUGGAUCCUCAUGUCAGGGACCUGUGGGAGACCAAUGGGCCUGUGACAGAGCAUUCCAGUCAAAGUAAAGUAUCUUCACAAACAGACAGCCUCAAACAUACGAACUCUUGCUGGCACUUCCGGAAUUUUGAUUACCACAAAGCAGCAGGACCUCGUGAGGCUGUCAACCAGCUUCAAGAAUUAUGCCAUCUAUGGCUGAGACCAGAAGUGCAUUCCAAAGAGCAGAUCUUGGAACUACUGGUGUUAGAGCAGUUUCUGGCCAUUCUGCCGAGGGAGAUGCAGACUCAGAUACGGAAGCACCAUCCAAAGACCAUUGAGGAGGCUGUGUCCUUGGUAGAGCACUUGCAGAGGGAAUCUGAUCAAAUAAGGAAUGGGGUCACAGUCCUUGAGCCAGGGAAGGAGACAGUUUUCUUGGGAGAAACAGCAGAAGCCCCAGGCUUCAAGCUGAAGACAGCAGAGGCUCCACCAGAGGGCAUGUCCCAGGAGGAAGAGUUUUGGAUUACAUGCCAGGGUCUACAAGAACAUCAGAGUAAGAAUACUCAUAAGGAAGCCAAGCCUGUAUAUGAGAGGGCUGUGCCUGCUGAACCGAUUCUAGCCUUUCCUGAGCAAACUAACACCAAAGACUGGACAGUGGCACCUAAACUCAUCUUGCCUGAAUCCCAGAGCUUGUUGGCAUUUGACGACGUGGCCAUGUAUUUUUCUCAGGAAGAAUGGGAGUUAUUGAAUCCCACUCAGAAGACUCUCUACAAUGAUGUGAUGCAGGAAAACUAUAAUACUGUCAUCUCUCUAGCAUUAUUUGUGCUUCCCAAACCUAAAGUGAUCUUCUGUCUAGAACAAGGGGAAGAACCAUGGGUUCAAGGAUCCUCAGAUUUCAAAGACAGUCAUAGAGGAUCUUGUACAGGGUUAAAAGUAAAAAAUGACAAUGAAAACCAUCAGCCUCUAUCUCUUUCUGACUUAGAAAUACAAGCAUCAAGAGACAUAGUAUCAAAAAAGAUCAAAGUGGAUGUUUCCCAGAAAGCAACAGGCAAACAAAAUCAUGGUGAUACACACAGAGUGGGAAAAUGGUACCGUGAUUUUCCAGUGAAGAAAAGGAAGAAACUUUCAACAUGGAAACAAGAGCUACUAAGACUUAUGGAUCUUCACAAGAAAGAUUGUGAAGGAGAGAAGCCUUUUAAAUGCUCGGAAUGUGGGGAAACCUUCAGAGUUAGCUUCGACCUUAUUAAGCACCAAGGAGUUCACACUGAAGAGAAACCUUAUAAAUGUCAACAGUGUGAUAAGAGGUUUAGAUGGAGUUCAGCUCUCAGUAAGCACAUAACCACACACCAAGGUAUAAAACCAUAUAAAUGUUCUUGGUGUGGGAAAAGCUUCAGUCAAAAUACAAAUCUUCAUACCCACCAAAGAACUCACACAGGAGAGAAGCCUUUUACUUGUCAUGAGUGUGGGAAAAAGUUCAGUCAGAACUCCCAUCUUAUUAAACACCGGAGAACCCACACAGGAGAGCAGCCUUAUACCUGUAGUACAUGCAAGAGAAACUUUAGUAGACGCUCAAGCCUUCUUAGACAUCAGAAACUCCACCAAUGAAAGGAAGUUUGUUCAGUGUCCUCAUUCUGAAGAAAUUUACCAAAUAGAAGAGCUUGAUCCUUAAGUUGAGAAAAUAAAAAAUGAAGUAUGAGUUUUCACUAUCAGAAAAUUUGGAGGAAAUAAGCCUUGUGUUUCACAGAGAAGAAUCCAAUUUGGCUCUGCAGGGAGUUCUCUAGUUGUACUAGUUGCUGUUAUUUUUUUUUAAACCAGCCCUGAGGCUUAAAAUGAAGGCCUGAGUGCUGUCUCUGAGCAACAAUUUUUUGUUCAAGGCUAGUGCUC